GUAAAACAAGAAGAAGAAGAAGAAGAAUAUGCGUACUGCCUACGUAUUUCCUACAAAAUUUCAGUGUCUAGCGAACUUCCGGUAAAGUAUUCAUCGAUAGGAAACAGUGUGGUAGUGGUUAACUCUUUCUGAUAUAUUUCGAUUAACUAUCGACCACAAUUUUUUUUAAAUAAUAUUUAUACACUAGCUACGUUACCAUUAUAGUAUAUUCGAUUCAAAUUUAACGUUUUAAUAAUGAGUUCAGAAACCUUUAAAUACCUUCGGCGUGAAGGUUCAUCUUCUCUCUAUUGCUGUGUCCCGUUCUGUAAAAUGUCCUCAAGGUAUAAUUCAGUGAUUAGUUUUCACAGUUUUCCUAUGAACGAGGAAAUGCGCAAAAAGUGGCUUCAAAAUAUCCGUCGUGAGAAUUACAAUGUCACUGUUAAUACACGAGUCUGCAGUCGACACUUCACUAGUGAUGAUUUUAUUAAGCCCUCGACUCCCACAGCACGCCGACUGCUGAAGAAGGGCGUCGAGCCCACGCUGUUCCUGUGGAGCGACUCCACUUCAGCAACAAAGCGCAUCGGGUUAUGGAAGAAGAGACGCGACUCUCCCUUUAAAAAAGAACAUGUGCCUAAAUUCUUCCAGCAUCAGGAGCACGAUUAUUGCUCAUCUCCUGUCCAGGAUGAUGUGGCUUUGGAUCAGACCGAGCAUCUCCGAAAGGAGGUCGAGCGCCUGAAGAGACGCGUGGCUGAGUUGGCUUUCCUUCAGAGAUUUAGUUUGGACCGAUUUGCUGCAUCCGACGAUGACAUACGGUUUUACACUAGAUUUGCCACUUACAACCACUUGAUGGCGUUCUGGAGACUCAUCGAGCCUGCGUCCCACAGCAUGCUUCGUUUGACAAGAGCCAGGGCAGCAACAACCAGUGAAGAUGGAUCAUCAGGCAGUACAUCUUGUCAGUACCUGCAGCCCAUGGAUGAGUUUUUCCUCUUCAUGGUCCAUCUAUCAGUUGGUCUAACAGAGAGAGAUCUGGCCCACAGAUUCAAUAUCCAUCAGUCCUCUGUGAUUCAAAUCAUUACAAGAUGGGCCAGUUUUCUCUACGCCAUCCUUGGAUCUGUGCGCAUCUGGAUGUCUGAGGAGGCGGUCAAGGCUCACAUGCCAAAGGAGUUUCAAGACUAUCCAGACACACAUGUAGUGAUUGACCGCAUAGAGCUGCGUUGCCAAUCUCCAUCCUCUCUCCUGCUUCAAGGUGAAGGGUCCCAUUGCACCUACUUGGGGUUGAUUGGCAUGGCACCGCAUGGUGCAGUCACGUUUGUGUCAUCUGUGUAUCCAGGAUCUGUCAGUGACAAGGAGCUUCUGAAGCAGUCUGGGAUUGUGUCACUCCUGAAACCUGAAAUGGCCAUUAUGGUCAACAAAGGUUUUUUUAUAGAUGACUUGGUACCAUGCAAAGUUUACCGGCCUGCCUAUCUGUUAAAGAGGGAACAGAUGCCAGCUGAUGAAGUGAGGGAAACGCAGUCCAUUUCUCGGCUGAGGGUCCACAUUGAGCGUCUCAUGGGCAGGGUGAUGCAACACAAGUUGUUGGAAACGGUCAUGCCUCUUUCUGACACUGGGACCAUCAACCAGCUAUACACUGUUGCUUGCCUCCUUAUAAACUACCAGAACGGUCCCUUGUUAAAUGCCUGGGCAAAUGAUUAAAGACUAGACUAAACAUUUACUGUUGGAGGAUGGAUCAAAGGGCUGUAAAUGUAAAUAUAUACAUAAAAAUAAACAUCCGGAUAUAAAUAACUUUGGUACUAUGUUUCUGUAAGCCUGAAAAUAUAAAUAACAUCUGUAGUGUUUCUGUAAACAUUUAAAUGAUUUUUUUUUCUUUUGUUUGCCACCAUAAUGUAAAUGUACAUAUAAACAACUUUCAAAGUUA